AUGCCAGCAAAACGUAGAUGCCAGGCUACUCAUGAGCAGUGCAAGUCCGCUGCUAUUCGCAUCGUGGGGGAUUGUCCUCACUGCAAUGCACACUUCUGUGGUACACAUCGUCUACCCGAGCACCACGCCUGCCCGAAGAUGGCGGACUGCAGGCAAGAGUCCUUUGAGAGGAACAAGGCCAAGCUCGAGUCUGAGCGCACCGUUGCAUCCAAGUUG